GGCAGCAACGCAGCGGUCGUGUACUGCGUUUGCGUUGUAUUGCUUCUCUGGCCGUCCUGGACCAGAUGCCUGGAGAGGGAAUGCUUUGCCCACAGCUUGGCUAAAUGCCUAUCGAGCAGACGAGAACGCGUCCGUACAGAGAAUGUGGACAGCCAGCGGCGAGGCAAGCAAACGGGCUGCUGCGUGGGCUCACGCACGAACCCGCACGUCCUCAUCGCAAGACUACUUCGCGCGGUUAUCCAGUUGGGAAAAUAUAUAAUGCUUGCACCCUUGCUAGCAUUCUCAGCAGCGACGAGGCCAUAAACGUCAAACAAUCCAGACGCGCGGAAGAGAGAAAGCACUCGUCUAGUCUUCCGACCUCCCACUAAUCUGUCAUAAACGGAAAAUAUUUCCUGGCCUAUAGAUCACAGGCCUUGCCGUCAAGCGGCUAGCUGAGGCUCGCCGGCCAAAGUGCACGUCGACCAGUUUGUGGGCCCUAGGCACUGGCGCAACCAUGGCUUCAGGACUGCAGAGCCCUGAGGAGCUGCAGGAGAACCUGCGCCAAUACAAGGAGCAGCUGGCGCAGGUGGAGCAGCUGCUCAUGAUGGGCAGCGACGAGGAAAUGCCCGGGCAAGACCUUCAGGACAUGUAUCAGAGCUUGUCAGAGGUAAUCCAACUUACAGAGGAGCUCUUGAAGGACGCACUAGAACAGCAGCGUGCCGCGGGGGCAGCUGUUGCAGGGCUAAGCGCAGCAGCGGCUGCCGCCGUCGCUGCGGGCGUCGCGGGGGCGGAGGCGGCAGCGGGGGAGGCAGCGGCAGCGGCGGAUGCUAACCCUGUGGCAAAGAUUGUGACGCCUCCGGAGCUGAACCUUCCCGCCAUCCUGCCCGCGUCAGUGGCGGACCAGAUUCGGAAGGCGCAGGUGCGCGCGGCGCUGACAGGCCAGGCGCCGGCGGAGUGGGCGAUUGGGGCUCAGUGCCAGGCGGUGUACUCGGCCGACGGGCAGCACUACGAUGCCACGGUGGAGGCCAUCAGCGCGGCCGGCAACUUCAUCGUGGUGUUUGAGGGCUACGGCAACAAGGAGGAGGUGGGGCUGACAGGCAUCCGGCCACGCCCUGGCGCGGACGAGGGCUACAAGGGCGUGGCGGCGCCCAAGCGGAAGCGUGUGGAGGACGAGCCGGUGGUGAACGAGAUUCCCAAGUGGCUGGCCAUUAAGGAAACAGACGACGAAAAGACCAAAGCGCGCAAGAAGAAGCUGCUCAAGAGCAUGAAGAGCAAGAUCCGCUUCCAACAGAAGGACCUGGCGCAGAAGCAGAAGCAGGACAGCUGGCAGUCCUUCCUCAAGGGCAAGGGCAGCAAGAAGAAGACCGGCUUCCUCACGGGCUCCAUCAAGAAGGGCAGCAUUUUCAGUGUGCCGGAGGGCGUCAACGCCAAGGUGGGCGUUGUUGGCAGCGGCCGCGGCAUGACGGAAUACGGCAAGAAGUCGCGGCACGAGUUCGAGGAGGCGGAUGAGGAGCAGUGAGCGAGUAGUGGGCAGGAGCCAGCAGUGAGAGGGCGGCCGUGUUUGGCGAGGAGGCGUGCGCGGUUGAAACGAGCAGACAGUGCGGGGUUGUGCUAAUGCUGACGUAGUGCAACUUCAAGGACGCGAGUUUUGAUGAGGUAGAGCUGAAGGUUGAGCUGGGUGCAUGCCUCCCUAUGACGUCAACGAAUGAUUGAAUGAAGCAAGGCGGUGGCCGUCGAUUUACAGGAUGUCAUGUAUCGUAGUUGCCGGGCUGAAGGAGUCCCAAGUGCAGGGCGCCUCACCUGCGCCACCGUAGGUGCUGCACAUGUCAGAGGACACGACCGUUCAGGGACAGCACGGCACCAUUGCCGUCGUGCACGCUUGUCACGCGAUGAGGAGCACUAAUGGGCUAUGGAGGCAGGGAGGCCGCAGGUUGUUGGCGGCGGGUUACAGAAGCUGCAGAUUGUGAAAGAUUGGGGAUUGGAAGCAUGUGCGUGAGCACUUACAUGGGUUCGCGUCCAGCGCUCGUAUCUUACGAAGGCAGGGGCGGCGUCAGUGGCCGAAUUCCUUAAAAUGGCUUCGUUUAGUUGACGAAAGAGGCUGCCGCCGCUUCGUGCACCCCCAAAAUUUUUCCGGGGACUCCGCCCCCAACCCGCACGAUGUCGACACCGACACGACA